UGUCAUUUGCAGGCGCUUACGCCGGUUGGGCCAACAACAACAAAAAGAACAGCUAGAGAGAGCAAGGCGGACGGAACGGACCGCUGAACUGACCGCCGUUGCUGUUGUUGUUGUGGUUCUUACCGCUUCGCGUCGAGUGGCGGAGUCGCGUGUGUGUUUCACUGUUUUAAUUUUGUGCGCUGAUUUCAUUGCUAAUGCGAAUAUUUGCUUUAGCCCUGUUUAAACCGAGCAGAAGCAGAAGCAGAAGGGGUCUCACCGCUCCGCCGAGUGCGAAACGAGACGCGAGAACACAUAAACAGAGCAAAGAGAACAGAAAAGCAGAGCGCAGAGAGAAAUGUAAAUGUGUAAAGAGUGCGAGUUGAAAUACAAAAAAUAAGAAGCCAGCGCAAAAAGUGAUUCCAGUAAUAUGAGUGAAGAAUAAACCUUCAGACAACAUCCAACCUAAGAACCCACGCGACACACAAAUCAACCAUGCGAAAUAUCAGAAAUCUCAAGGAUCCCACCAAUGGGCUGGCCAUGCUGCUGCUAAUGUUCCUCUGGUUGGUGGUGCCCGGACAUGCGGAAUUGCCAAAAGUCAUUUGUCGCGAUCAUGACACCACCAUCACUUGUGACUGCAACAACGAGGAGCAGGCCAUGGUCUUGCCCCAGCUGCAUGGUGCCGUCUUUCAGGUGGAGGUGCGCAAUUGUCGCGAUCUUGUGGUGGAGGCCAAUGCUCUGAGCCAGACCGAGGGCCUGCGCAAGAUCUCGUUCCGACAGCUGGGCCAACUGGUGCUGCGGGAAUACGCACUGAUUGUGCCCCGCUAUGCCAGCAACAAGGCAUUGAUUGUCGAAUUCGAGGCGGUCAAUGUGAAGCUAAUCGAAUCGCAUGCCAUCAACGGGAACAUCGAGGAGAUCUCAUUUGUGGGUGGACGCAUCGAGCAGAUGCAACCGUUUGGUUUCACCACCACCAAAAACAGUGCCAUAUUGCUGAAGCUCGACGGGGUCACCAUUCAGCGGAUUGAGGGGCAGGCCUUUAAGAAGUUUGCCGUGGAGCAGCUGACAAUCGCCAAUUGCCAUUUCCUGGGUGAUCUGCCCACACGUUCCUUCUACGAACUGGAAGUGCUCCACGAGCUGAGCAUGCGCAACAAUCUCUUCCAGGUUGUACAUUCCCAUGCGUUCUCCUUUAAGCUUGUCUCCAAGCUGAGCCUCAGCGAUAAUCAUUUUGUGGCUGUGGACGGCGAGUGGCUGGAGGCGCAGAUACGGGAUGCUGUCACGCUGCGUGGCAAUGAUUUUGGAGCCACCAGUGAGAUAGCCUUCCGCAGCCUCACAGUCCAUCGAAGCUAUCAGCUCAGUGAGCGGCUGGAGUUGCGCUUCCACAACAAUACCCUGCGCAGUGCUCGUCCUGACAGCAGCGGACAGCAGGAUGUCGCAGCACAGCCCCUGCACUUUAACGAACGCUUUGCGUUGAGUUUGCGCGAGUUGCGCUACGAGAAUGCCUGGAGCUGUUACCAGAUGGACACCAGCGUGGAGCCGCCAGUGCCGCGCUCCGACUUCUUUCGCCUGCACAGCGAGCAGCUGCUGUUCCCGCGGCCACCCACCGCAAAUGGGUUGCAAAAGUUUGUGCAGUUUGUGCCGCUCCGUCAGCUCAUGCCCGAGCAGUGCAAAACGACCAGCUAUGUGGCGUACAUAGUGGCGGGCAGUGUGCUGUUGGGUCUGCUGUUGCUGCUCCUUUUGCUGCUGUUGUGGUGGCGUCUGGCACAGCGGCGUAAGCGGCGCAAGCUGGAUGUGGUGCAGCCGGAGCCGCGCACCUACAAGGAGACACAAAUUGUAUACCAAAUUGAGAACGCUGGCCUGCUGAAGACUGAUUUGUAGACAGGACACCAAGCAGGACGCACACCCACAAAGACAAUUAUAAGCACAGAGCUAAAGAGAAGCUACCACCCUUGAACACACACACCGAACACGCACCGAACCACCAAUCCACCAAUGAGUGACCUUUUGUUGUACCAAAACCAUAGCCUAAAACAUAGUCCUAAAUAGCUAGCACAUAAAUAUUAAAUAUUAUAUUAUAUAUGUAUCGAUGUAAGUCGCCCUGUAAAUAGUUAUUAUAGAUAGGGGGAUGGGAUGCGUCAUCCGAAUGUGCAUAAAUAUGCCAGUAUAUUGAAUAAAUGGAGCAACGAA